AUCUAUUCAUUAUCGCUGCACUGUUGUCUUCGCAUGCAUGGUUGCACACUCAGCAGUGCGGUAUGGUGUCUCCGGAGGCUUCGAUCUUCUUCUGUGACGCAAAUGCAACUUAAGUCCAGUGAAGAUCCUCCAGGUAUCUUUUAUAUAAACUAUAUCUAAAGAUCAGUAGCGUUUCCAUUGCGUACUGACCUCAAAGCACAUUAGUUAGUUCAUCUGGAUCGAGUUGUGCGUUAUUUGACUAGCAAUACACUCUAGGUGACAUUGAGACCGCAGCCGUAAUUCUUCGGACACGACGUGUACGUUUUCCCUCGUGUGCGUUCUGUCGAUUAAAGACUGACACCUUGAUUCACUGGGCUGCUGUUUUCACAUGUCUUCUUGAUCACUUUGCAUUGCAGAAGCCAGAUGGUCUCUCCAGAGGAUCAGGAGAGUGUUGCAGUCUGGGAACAGAGAAUAUAAUACCUUCAUCUGCAUUCUCUAUAGCUUGGGGCUUGGGGCUUGGGACAGCUGUCAGGAUACCAUGUGUGUGUAUAUACAUUCGUACAUGUAUAUGCUCAGAGUCAACUACAGUGUAUUGCUAUUCACAUAUCAUAAGACGUGAUCUAUAAACCGUGCAUAGACAUUAAUAGACGAGAUAGAAGAGAGCACAGAACCCAUUUGCUAUCUAUAGCCGUGCUUAGGAGACGUGAUAUUCUGAUCCUUGGAGCCUUACCUCUACGGGGUCUAGCCUGCAGGAAAACAUUUGGAAGAAGAAUAACUGUAGUUAUCGACCAUACUGUACCGUACCAUGUCUAACGUACUGAACGAUUGAUGGGAAUUGUGACCGAAUAAAAGCGCAGUAAGGUAAGAAACUAGAAAUGAUUGAUUGAAUGUCAGUGUGUGUGAAAAGUCAGCGUGUGGAAUUGUAAACUAGACAGAAGCAAGGAAAUAUUUAAUGGUCUAUGAAACUGGCCGCAGGAGUAACCUAUGACAUGUCAAUAUUAAAGCCUGGAGUGUUUAUGAUUCUCCUGAGAUGUGAUCAAGUUAAAAGACCCCGUACUUCCACCCCCCCCACCACAUACUUCUGCGGUAGCGUUCACGGUUCUUUUUUUUUUUUUUUUUUGCUCCAUAGAUACAGGCACGUGCUUGCUGCGUUCAUAGUUCCUCCACCUUGCCUACAUGCAGCUACACUGAAUGUAAAGACUGAUAGCCGUGUCGUCUCUUUCUCACACUGUCGCUCCUUCUGUCACUGCGCGGUGCGGCUGCUAUUUCCGUAUGAAUAAAAGCAGACUUGACGCUCUCCACAUGCGGACUGGUUCAUCUGUUCAGCGGUUUUCACCCGGUGAGUGCGAGCCAGUGGUCUUUUUUAUCUGCUCUCUUUGAAUCCAUCCUGCUAUUUGCACAGAGGCUGCAAAACGCUGCCUUCCUCUCUGUCUCUCUCUCACUCUCGCUCUCUCUGGAUCCGACUGCAAAGGAGAAAGAAGAGGUAGGCAUUCACUGCAGGACUUAUCCAGCUGAAAGGUCCCCACUCACCCCCACCCCAUCUUUUUUUCUUCUCCGUACUGUGCUAUCAGUCCCACCUCACCCCUCGCUCUUCCCCAUCCCACCCAAGAAUUCCUUACUUCCAAGUCUCUCUGUCUCUCACACACACACACGCACUGGAGGACGAAGCCAAAGGAAAGCAAGACAGAUCGACAAACAAGAAAACAGGCAGAUGGACAAACGUGUGCAUGGAAAAGUGGACAUGGAGGUGUGGAGGACUAGAGGAUCAAUCCUGCACAGAAGCACAAGAUCUGGUGAUGGGAUCCAUGCUAGCAUAGUCAUCACCCUUCUGAUUGGGGUAUGGUGUGCACAGGCAUUGGAGGUAUCAGUGGGGAAGGCUGGCUUUGUUGAGGUGAUGAAUGGCAGCUCUGUACUCUUACCUUGUAGCUACAGUAGCUGUAUCGGCAUCAAGAACCUGUACUUCAACUGGAAGUAUAAUGACAAUGGGACAAUGGAUAUGCUUUGUGAAGGAGUCAUCCCAGCUGAGGGUUUGGAGCCCCAUGUGACGAUCGCCCAUGAGCGUGUGAUGUUCGUGGGCUCCAGUAAGGACAGUAACAUUUCUGUCCUGCUGUGGAACGUCACCUUCGAGGAUAAGGGCGAGUACACUUGCUUCGCCCGCAACCCCAAAGAGAAGAACCGAAACCACAGUGCCGUAUUCAACCUCAUCGUAGUUGACCAGCUUAAGGAAGUGGACAACACGUUGACGCUAAUCAUUGUAUCCGUGAUUGGAGGAGUUAUUGGGUUGAUCAUUAUAGUCAUGGUAAUAAAGGCAGUGGUCAUCCAUUUUCUCAACAAGAACCAGGAGAAAAAUAAAGAGUGCCUUGUGAGCUCUUCAGGAAAUGACAACACAGAAAAUGGCCUUUCAGGUUCCAAAGCAGACAACAAAGCAUCACCAAAGGCUUAAAAAAAAGUCUACAUGCAUAAAUGGGCAGAUGUAUGGAUGUUGCGGAUAUAGAGCUAAAGCUAUAAAUAUGGACUGUUUUAUCUUUAUGGAAAGCAAAAUGUUCACAUGAAUUAAGAUUAUAUUAUAUUAUAUAUAGAAAUUUGCUCAAUAUAUUUUAGAAAUAUUUCGUCUGAUUUUUGGGUUGGAUUGCACACACCUUUGGACAGUUGAUUGGUUUACAAAGGGUUUAAAUAUACAUUACUGAGAAGAAGUCUUAGGCACAUAAGAAAAAAAAAAAAUCUGUAAAACAAAGAUGCCUUCAACAAUAACGCAAACAUUUCUAUUUAAAAAAAAAAAAAAAGACUAUAAAGAAACAGUCAUAAACUAAAAGUCCAUAUUUGCUUUUUUACAUUUUUUAUUCAUUUUUUUUUUAUAAACAUACAAAUAAUUUUCUGUUACAUUUGAAGUUUUUGUUGAGAAUAGUCUAAAAUCGAAACUGUUUCCGUCUCAAAAUGUAGAAGUCAUAAAUAUCUAUUACAAAUUUUUGUUGAAAAAAUAGAAUGGGUGUCUAAGACAUUUAAACAGUACUGUAUAUAUUAUACAUACAGAUGGGUGACAAAUUAAAGGAGAAACACACACCGAGUGUUUUAAUAACAAGGUGUUCAACCACAUUAUUGUUAUUUCUCUAUCGGUAUGUUUACAUGGACAACGAUAAUCCGAUAUUAACCUGAUUAAGAUGAUACUCUGAUUAAGAAACUAGCAUGUGAACAGCGAUUAUUGAUGACCUUAAUCCGGCUAAAGUCAUACUCGAAGUAAACACAAAUGGAAUUAAGACGUGUGGAGUAUUCCUGUUUUAGUCGCAUUAUCGACGUGCAUUACAGACAUGUACACACCUUAAUCACACUAUUAACGUCAUGUGGGAGUUUUCACCGCAUUUUGCGACAGGACACGUUCACGUUCACACACGGCAGUGCUCAACCGUUUGACAGCAAACAAGAGAGCACAGCUCCAUCCCAAACCACGUACUUACCUAUUACAGUAUAUAGUAGGUGAAGUACAUACUUAGCUACUAUAUAGACGGUACGUACACGGAUUGGGACGCAGCCCACGGCUUCAAGCAGUCGUCUAUUUGCACGUAUAUCAUGACAAAUAAUUAACUGCACUUGAAGCUUUCGUCAAAUUUUAUAUAAAAACACCCAG